AUACAGAUCUGCUCAACACACACAUCAAAAAUAAAACAGAGCAAGGCCUGGAGCUCUUAAAUAUCCUAUUUGCGGGUAGAAGUAUACCAGAAGACCUAAUUUUCCAGCUGAUUCUUGCCAGGCUUAACUCACCAGAUGUGGAGCAUUAUGGUUAUGUUCUGAGCUGCCUACCGUUCAUGUCAGAUGAAUCUUUGAAGAUUCCUGAGCAGAUUGAGCUGAUCAAAAACCUCAAACUAUCACCUGAUUUCAUCAUCAACAUCAAGUGUCCAGAUAAGGAUCUGGUCAAUAGAUUGUCCGGUCUGAAGCAGCACCCAGAAACAGGACAAGUGUACAACAGGGAUCAGUGGACGCAGAAGGAGGUCUUUAACAAGAAGAAAGAGAACAAGGAUGAAGAAGAGGAGGAGGAGGAGGAGGAGGAGGAGCAGGAUAUUAUUGACCAGAUGGUGUGGACACCUGAGAACCUGCCGAGAAAUGCUUUUCCCAGAAUUAAGAUGUACAGAGACACAAUGCUCAGACCACUCGAGGACUACAUGACAAACCACAACCCCCUCUACUUGUUGGAGCUGGAUGGAAACAUGUCACCUGGAGAGCUGCACUCGACUGUGAUGUCUCGUCUUGGAUCCAUGAUGAUAAAGUGCGUCUCAGUUCCAGUCCCCCUGCACCAGACUGAUGAAGAGGAACUUUCAGAGCAUAUUGACACAGAGGAUCUGCUAAGACUCAUGUCCUCAUCCAGGACAGUGGCCCCUGGUUUUAGAUGGAGAAGAAGCCGCUGGGGCCAAACUUGCCCUGUUGCUCUAAAGGAAGGAAAAGUAAUUCCUGGUCAACCUGAAUUAUGUGUGGGCUUCCAGGACAAACUGUACAUACUGUCAUCUCAGGAGGCCUACCAGAAGUUUGUCGCAAACCCCCGGCAGUACCUUCUUCCUCCAAUGCCCAGGCCUCCUUGCAGAGUUGCCAUCAUUGGACCUCCACAGGCAGGGAAGAGCACACUAUGUCAGCUUCUGGCUCAGCACUACAACGCACUGGUGCUUGAUAUGGAGAAAUUGGUUCUGCCGGUUUUGGAAAAGGUUGAGCAGGACAGGCUUGACCAAAUCAAGGACGAGACAACACAGGUCGCUAUUGAGCAAAUCAAGAAGAAGAUGCAGCAGGAGAGAGAUAAUUCAGUUACAGAGGAUCAUCCAGAGGUACAAGCAAUGGUUCUGACUGCGUUGGAAGAAGCCAAACAAAUGAGUACAAAUCCCAUGAGCCUGUAUACAGAGGUACUGGAGAAGCGUUUUAAAGAGAUUGAGGAGGCUGACUCUGAUUCAGAUGUCAGGACUGGAUGGGUGCUGGACAACUUUCCCAAGAACUAUUCACAAAUCAAUGAUUUACAGCAAGCAGAAAUCCUGCCUGACACCCUCAUCUGUCUGAGUGACAGUGAUGGAAAUCAGGUUUUGAGGAGAUUCUAUGAGAAGAACAAGGAGAGCGUGGAUGAAGCUGUAAGGAAGAGGUUGCAGGACAAACAAUCUCAGAAACAAAAACAGGAUUUAAAGCAGAAGGAGCAAGAACAAAAGGGGGAGGCCACAGCUGCAGAACUGCAAACAAAUCUAGAGACAGUUGUGGAAGAAAUGGAAGAAAACCCUGAACAAUCUGAAACUACCAAUCCUGAACAUCCUGACAUAAACGAAAAAGAAGCUGUGGCAUUACCUGAUCAUUGGGAGUUGGGUUAUCCAGACGGCCCUGAGAUGAAUGACUAUAAGCUGCAACUGAAACAGUUUGUGUCCGAAUGGGAGAAAAUGAAGUCCAAUUUAGAUGUGUCCUACUCAGUACUGGAGAUUGGUGACAAAAGCCCUGAGGACCUGCUUCAGGAGGUGGUCCUUCAGAUCGAGAAACCCUUUCAGUACAUGUCCUGGGAGCUGUCAGAGAUGGACGUGGACGAAGAGGCUGAGGAUUUCGAGGCCUUAGCAGAGCUAGAGAGAACUGAGGAAGGCAGCAUGGAUAAUUUUGAAGCAGAGGACGAGGACGAGGACGAAGGACACUCACCAGCCAAGAGAUUAUUAGGCGAUACUGAUCAUUUCUGCCCUGUGGCUUUGAAAAACCAAAAUGUCCUGUGGCCGUGUACGGAAGAAACCGCAGCCAAGUACCGUGAGAAAACCUUCUACUUCUCCAGCCCAGAAGCGAGGGAGUCUUUCCUGCAGAACCCUGCACAAUUUGUUGCACAGAAUGAGCCUCUUGAGCCUCCUGCCCUUCGGAUAUUUUUGCUUGGCACCAGAGGGUCAGGCAAGACCACUCAGGGUGAGUGGCUGGCCAAGCAGCUUGGCCUCUUCCACGUUCACUUCAGGGAGCUACUCCAAAUGCUCAUCAUGACCAAGACAAAGACAAGAGUACCUUAUGCUGAUGAAGUGGACACUAGUGACGGGUCUUCUGAGGAUUUGGAGGCUCUGAUAAGGGAAGAGAGGGGGCAGGAGGAGACAGAGAGUGAGGAUCCCUCUGCCAGCAUCAAUGACAUGGAGCAAGAAGGAGAGCUGACUGAUGAGGAACAUGCCAUCAAAGCUUACCUGUCUGAUGGAUAUCCUCUGCCUCCAGAGAUCCUUGAUAAUGUUUUAGAGCCGUUUUGGAAAAAUGAGCCAUACAGGUCAACAGGUUUUAUUUUGGAGGGCUUCCCUCAUAAUGCUAAGGAGGUUCAGUACAUGGUACAGCAACAGCUUUUCCCUGAUGUUGUUGUGGUCAUGGCGGUGGAUGCCUCUGAUGUUCAGAAGCGUCUCUUGCCGACAUACCUAAAUAAAUGGCGCGAUCGCCGCCGCAGGAAUGAAGCACAGCUUGUCCUCCUUCGUGAUCUACGUGCAAAGAAUCGGGCAGAAAAAAUUGCCCAAAGAAGAGCUGAACUCAUGGAAGAGUUAGGCGGCAAUGCAGCAAUAACAAAGUCCAGACAUCCCAGCGAUGAGGAAGAUGAUGGGGAGGAUGAAGCUAGGGGUAACAUAGAGGACGAGAUAAAGGUCAUGCUGGAAGAAGAGUUUCCUUUAGAAGAAGAUAAUGAAGACACAGAGAAUGAGGAGACUGAAGAGGCAGCAUCCGAGAGGCUGGAAAUCGAGAUAGAAGAGCGUUUUGUGACAGAUGAAAAUGGCGUCAUUACUGUGACGGAGCUCCUGAGUGAACAAAACAUACCCAAAGUGUCUGUAGGUGCAACCCGCAAAAUCUGGAUAGUGCAGCAUCAGCUGCUCAAGAAAAUCCAGCCCCUGCUGACCAAUAGGGAGUCUCUUUUCCAAAAAUGCCAACCCAUCCCAUAUAGCCUGGCACAAAAGCUGCUGCUCACUUCCUACAAGCUCCACAGUGCCUUUGGCUGCUGGGACCCCAUCAAGCAAUUUAAAGAGCCUGACUUGAUCCAGCCUCUGCAGUGGCCUCUCAAUACGACAUUUCCUCUAAUCUUCCAUCAGUUUAUCUACUUCUUUGCGACUAAGGAAAACCGCAGCAUUUUUAUGUUGAACCCUUUGAAAUACAUCAGGCAGCCAAAGCCCUUUGCAUUGCUCCCUGUUAAAAUAGCUAUUCUUGGACCACCCAAAUCUGGGAAAACCACUGUGGCACAGAUGUUUGCUAAGAAAUACGGUUUGGCCCGACUGUCCAUUGGUGGGGUUAUGCGUGAGGUGCUUAAUACACAGGAGAACACUGAUCUGGCUGUCCAGAUGAAAAGAUAUCUGUCCCAGGGACUUGUUGUGCCUGAUGAACUUGCCAUUCAGUGUCUGGAGGUGGCACUCAUGAGCUCAGUCUGCAGCACCAGAGGGUAUGUGUUGGAUGGCUUUCCAAAGACAUUAAAGCAGGCAGAGCUGAUGAGUUCAAGGAGCAUCAUUCCCAUGACAGCAGUUGAGCUGGAGCUGGACACAGUGGAGGUGCUAAAGAGAGGCCUCUUGGACAAGAUGAAGCCUAACAAGCCUCAUGUUAUGCAUGACAGCUCUGAGAUCCUCCACAUUCGUAACUCCUGUUACAAGGAGGAGAUGGAGCAUGUGAGGCAACACUUCCAGCAACAAUAUCAGAACCUGAUCCUGCUGGAUGGCUCAAAGAGCCAAUGGUGGAUCUGGAACAACAUUUUAAAGGAGACUAGCAUCAACAUGAAAUGUAUCCACAACUUCUUGGAGAGGAUACAAAGAGGACAAUCAGCUUGCAUCAACAGACUAUGUGUCACACCCACGGAGCUGCAGAAUCGACUUGGAGAGUUUGGCCAGUACUGCCCUGUCUGCCUGGCUCUACAUCUCCACCUAGUGGACUGCUCAGAAAUUGCAGCUUUAACUCAUGCAGCGCAGUACAGGGAACACUAUUACAAAAUGUGUGGCGAAGACCAUUUACAGAGGUUCCUGACCAGUCCGGAUCAAUUUGUGACUCCUGGCUGCCCGCACACUCUCCCACAACCCCACCUGCUGCCACAAAAGCUAACAGAGACUCAGGUGAAGAACAGGUUUCCACAGCAAGUUGAAAUGAAGGGCUUCUGUCCGGUCACUUAUCUGGAAGGAAAGCAAAGGUAUGAAGCCCUGGUUCGUGGUAAGAUGGAGUUUGCUGUGGAAUACAAAGAACGGAUCUACAUUUUUGAAACAAAGCAGAAACAGGACAAGUUCUUAAGGAUUCCUGAAACCUUCUGCGACCAAAAGCUGCCAAGUAAAGUCCCUCCUCUUUGUGAGCCUGUACCCCUCACCUCCCUGCCCACACUGGGCUACCUGGAGCAGGGUCUUGGGGUUGCAGUCAUCAAGGCCAUGACAGCUGUUGGGUGUCUAAAACCAAAGUAUCCUUUCCUAAGUAUCCAAAGAUCAGCCCUCCACUAUGUGGCCUUCUAUCUGAAAGCUUUCAACCACAAGAGCACAGACUACACCCGCCAGAAGUACAAAAAGAAGCUGGCCUUGUUUGAGGAGAACUGCGAGCUCAUUCCCUACCUAAGCUCAACAAUGAGGAGGAACUACAAGCCCCUACGUGAACAUCCUAUUGACUUUGAGUUCAAACUUAACCGUUUUUUGGCCUUGGGAAACAUGUCAGGUGCCAGCAGUGUUCUGUAGUUGUGUUGAAACUUUGACUUUCACUAUUUUGUGUGGAGAAUUGUGUAACAAAAAAAUAAUUUGAAAGUGGUGUGAGUUUAUUAUUUCAAGAGUUACAUGUAAUAAAAUAUUUUUC